UGGAUUCUCCAAUCCCCAGUUCCCCACCCUGCAGUUCCUCACCGCCCUACCUUACAUGACCUGACCCCUCCAAGUUCAUUAUUAUCAUUUCACCAUCAAAUCAAAUCUAAAUCUUUUUCCUUCCCGUGAGCUUAGACUUGGAGCCUUCUGCAAAAAUCAUGUGCCCUACCCUGUAAGGCUGAUACUUCCUUCUCUCAUCUGUGGACUCUGGAGUGUUGGACGUUAUCUCUUCUCUUCUUUUCACUCUCUGCUAACUCUCGGUUUCUUCCUUUGUUCUUUUCUGUUCUGCAAUUCCUGCCCUGUUUGUGUUUUUUGUUUGAAGCUUUAAGGAUUUGAUUUGCAGAUUACUGAAAGUCUUCUUUUGAAUCUCUCUUGAAUCUUCUCUCAUAACUCUACAAAGGCAAAAUCAUCCUGAGGAAGAAAAGGGAUUUUCUUUUUUUUUUUUUGAAAAGGUUUAGUACAAAGGAAAGUGUGUUCCUGGUAAAGUAGAUCCUAAGGUAUCAGCUUUGGUUCCUCCCCAAGUUCCGAGAAAAUUUUCACUGCUUUCCUUUCCCUUUUCAAACUUUUACAUUGGUUUAGUUUAUAUUUUGGUGGUUUCUGCAUGGACAGAGGAAGCUCAAGUUCUUGAAUUUCUUGUGGUGGUAAUCACGAUAAGCAUAGACAUCUUCUUCUCUGCUUUCUGAACAAACGACUCCAAACGAUAUAUACAAAUGGAGUUAUCCACAUUUUCUUUCGUUUUUGCAACAACUACUGUCUUUGUCGUUCUUUCUACUCUGUUCUCUUGUUCCACCGCCGGAAUUUCAUCGGAAUCCGACGGUGGCCCCAAGCAACCUUCGAAAUCCGACAAUUUCUCCAAUCCAAACACUGUUCCUGCCUUUCCGGUCCAGACAGAAGCGCAAACUUGCCAUCUAGACCUCUCAGCCGAGCUCUUCGGCGGCGUAAAUGAGGCCUGUGGGCAUAACCUCGACCGUAGCCGCUGCUGUCCAGUUCUAGCGGCGUGGCUAUUUGCGGCACAUGCUAAGUUGGCCCUGAAGGUUCCGGCGCAAGCUCCAGCGUCGUCGUCUGAUGGACCGAUGAUGCCAGACGAUUCGCAGAAAUGUGUGAAUUCGCUGCAGACGUCGCUUCUGAGUCGCAACAUCCACAUUCCACAGCCUAACGCGACAUGCGACGCAAUCCUUUGUUUCUGCGGUAUUCGGCUGCAUCAGAUCACCUCCUUGAGCUGUCCCGCUGCGUUUAACCUUUCUUCGCACCAUAACGCUACGCCUACUGCCGCCGUUAGGAAUUUGGAGAAGAAUUGCAGAAACUCCUCCUAUUCUGGCUGCACUAGGUGCCUUGGAGCCCUCGAAAAGCUUAACGGGAAGAAUGGGAUAACGGAGGGAGAGAAGAGGAGCAGCGACGGUGACGAUGACGAUGAUGAGAGAGCGAGUAAGAUGUUCAGCAGGGACUGCCAGCUCAUGGGGCUGACGUGGCUAUUGGCGAGGAACAAAACGGCAUACAUACCAACGGUGUCAGCAGUGCUGAGGGCCAUGAUGUACAGUGCGCACCCUCCCCAGCAAAACAAGUGUAGCCCGGACCAGGAGAACAUGCCACUGGCCGUCGAUUCUCUCCAAUUCCAGAGAAUCGAUUCAUCUCAUGCCUCCUGGCCCUCCUCUCCUCUUCUUCUUCCUUCAAUCAUCCUCUUAUUUACAUUUCUACCCCUCAUCAUCCUCCCUUCUUUUGACUCUUUUUGAUUUCUGAUUUCCGAUGGAGGAUCAAAGAAAACGAGGGGACGGUGGUUGCUCUUCGCCUGUCGUUCACGUGAAGCUACAAGACAAGUGAGAGAAAGGUUGAAGGGGGCUUUCUGUUUUUUUUUUUUUGUCUUUUUCGUUCAUCUUUGGAAUGCUGUACAGAAUAUUAAUUGCUUAUGAUGGAUAUUAUAGGAGGGCACGUUGGUCUUUUCCCUGAAUCUACUAGUGAUUAAAAAUGCAUUAGGGGGCUGUUGUUUUAGUAACCGUAAUUGAAGAUUUGCUUGGUCUAAUAUUGAAGGAAGUGAGCAUCUAAUCUUGGUAAUUGGAUAUUCAAUUUCAACCUUUUA